AUGCUGCGCCGCCGCCUCCGCCCCGCCACCCUCACCGCUCGGGGAAGGAUGCGGGACAGCCCCGGCGCGAAGUUCGGGGAGACGGCGGCGGCACUGUUCCCCGUCCCCUCUGCUUCCCCCCUCCGCCCUUCCCGGGACGCGGCCGGGAGCCCCGGCUCUUACCUGCCACGGGCGCGGGAUGGGGUCUCGGCGCGCCGCGGGCGGGAGCGCGGCUGCAGCUGCGCGGCGGCGGGGCCAGGGCGCAGCGGCAGCGGCAGCGGCAGCAGCAGCCCCGGCCGGCGUCAGUCAGGCGGGAGCCGCCAGGCUGUAUUAGUGCGCCGGGCUGGACCGCGGCCAGCAGCGCCGCGGCCGCUGGCCCGCCCCUCGGCCCCCCGCCCCCGCGUCCCCCCGGCCGCGCCGCCCCUGCCGCACUCACACACGCUCACACACACACACACACACACACACACAGCACCGUUCACACACACAACAGCAUCGCUCAGACACACACACAGCAUCGCUCACACACACAGGAUCGCUCACACACACAUAGGACCGCUCACACACCCGAUGGCACACAAGCUCACAUACACCCGCUCGCACACUUGCAGCGCUCGCACAACGCGCACAUCGCACAGAUACAGACACACGCACACGCUCAAGCACCCACGGGCACUGUCGCGCUCACGAACAGAAGCCCGCGGUGUUUCACUCACACACUCGCACCAUGCGCCUCCCCGCACCCGCGCCCACCGCACGCCGCCCUUCGCCGGGCUCACCCUCCGCACACGCAGAGUUCUGCCCCUCCGGCACACGGGCUCUCUCCGGUGA